GGAGUUGUUCAAUGGCAGUAUUUUGUUCGUUGACCCGCGAGCGGCUGCGUUGGCGCACGCCCGAAUGCGAACCGCGUUUGUUCUACAUCCAAAUUUUCAAAUUGAUCUCUUUGGUGCUAUAGUGUGUAAAUUAAUAUUAGGUAACUGAUUAAUUUAUUGUAGUGCGACCUUAGUUUAUUUUUAGAUAUUACCGGCUUUUUCCUGGUUACCUAUAUAGACGGUUUGCAGCCAAUAUGGUUCCUAAUUUGAACCUACUGCACGUAAUAUGUUUCACGCUGUUAUUCGGUCUGUGCGUGCGCACGCAUGCCGAAUUAUUCACAGCAAUAGCAGAAGUGGAACAUUUACUGGAGACACAUAAAAAGAUAAUAGAUGACCUAGAUUUUUAUAUUGAAAAGGAAGAGUCAAGGCUUUCAGCACUGAAGAGGCAUUUGAACCUCUACAGGACGGAACAUGAGAAGGCGAUGGAAGACAUUCCCAAUUAUUUGGGAAAUCCAAUCAACGCCUUUACUCUUAUUAAAAGACUGACAACGGAUCUUGAUAAUAUUGAAGCUAGUAUUAAGAUAGGAACAGAGUACGUAAAGAAUAUAACGAUGAACCAUACGGGGGUGAAGUAUCCGACUCUAGAAGAUUUAACUGGAGCUGCGCAGGCGCUGACUAGGCUUCAAGAGACUUACCAUCUCGAUGUGAAAGAUCUGUCAGAAGGAAAGCUAAAUGGAGUUACUUACAGUACUCCAAUGAGCGCAAGCGACUGUUACGAGUUGGGGCGUGCGCUGUACAACGAGAAAGACUAUAAGAACGCACGCGCUUGGAUGCUCGAAGCGCUGCGAAAGUACAAGGAGGAAAACACUACCUACUCCUUCAAAGAAUCUGAUAUAUUGGAAUACAUCGGCUUCUCUUAUUACUUACUUGGCGACACGCGAAGCGCUUUGGAAUGGACUCACAAGCUGUUGGCCGUUGACCCGAAACACCCCCGGGCUAAAGGCAAUAUACCGCACUACCAGAAGAGCAUUCAGGAAGAAGAACUUAGACUAAGGAAGGAACGACGUGGGGAAACUGGUGCUGAGCCGGAACAGGAGAAACCAGCCGCGUUAUCGGAAUACGAUAAAGAGAGGAAAUCGUAUGAAGCUCUUUGCCGCGGUGAAGUCGACGUGCCUAACGAGAUCUCUAAGAAAUUGACAUGCCGUUACAUGACGGAGAACCACCCGUUCCUACGACUGGCGCCCAUCAAGAUGGAAAUGAUGUACCUGAACCCUGAUAUUGUGAUAUUCCAUGACGUCAUCAGCGAUGGAGAGAUUGAAACUGUUAAGCGAAUGGCUAGGCCUAGGUUCAAACGAGCAGUCGUCCACGAUCCGAAGACCGGGGAGUUGGUGCCGGCUCACUACCGUAUAAGCAAGUCGGCCUGGCUGCGCGACACCGAGGCAGAGACCAUCGCUCGAAUAACUCGCCGAGUCUCACACAUGACCGGCCUCAGCAUGGACUCCGCUGAAGAACUCCAAGUCGUCAAUUAUGGAAUAGGAGGCCAUUAUGAACCUCAUUACGAUUUUGCUAGGAAGCGGGAGAAUGCCUUCGCUAAGCAGGGAGGCAACAGGAUAGCUACAGUUCUCUUCUAUAUGUCAGACGUAGCGCAGGGCGGCGCCACGGUGUUCACGAAGCUGGGUCUGAGUGUGUUCCCGGUGAAGCGCGCUGCGGCGUUCUGGAUGAACCUGCAUCCCUCCGGCGAGGGAGACUUCGCCACCAGACACGCGGCCUGCCCCGUGCUACAGGGCUCCAAGUGGGUAUGCAAUAAAUGGCUGCACCAAGGCGGGCAGGAGUUGCUGAAGCCGUGCAACUUGGAGUACCAAGCGGAGGGCAUCAUCCGCCAGAUCCCGCGGCCAGUGCCCAAGACGUACAGGUAGAAUUACAACUCCAUACUACUGAAUAAGCUGUUCAAACAGUACUGAUUAGUGCAAAUAUAGUGAUCUGAUUAGUGAGCAAUUUGUGUAUUUGAUAACUUUCUAGUAUACGUUCCUAACCAGUGAAAAAUUGUACUGAAGUUACAAAAAUAUUUUACUUCAUCCUAAAUAAUUAGGAAUGUGCCGAUUAGUCGGAAAUAAUCGCGUUUAUAGUAGAAAAUGCAUCUGUAAUAUGUCAUAUAAAUUAGUUAAAUUGAAAGACAAAAUAUUGUAAACAAGACGUAACAAAUUGUAUAGAUAAGUAAAUAUCAAAAUAAGAAAAAUAUAAUUAUAGUUAAUUGCAUAAUCAUUUGUUAAUUGCAUAAGCUACUAUGAAAGGCGAAAGGCAGGGUUGUAUGGGAGUUUCGUACAGCAAAAAAAUUUCGUGUUCCCGAAUAUUUUUGGGUUUAAUUGGUAGUAAUCAUGAUAAGAAAGCCCUAUAAAAUCCGAACCCCCAAAAGGCCGGCAACGCACUUGUAACGCCUCAAGUGUACAUGGGCGGCGGCGAAUGCUUACCAUCAGAUGAUCCGUCUGCUCGUUUACCGACUUAUUGCAUAAAAAAGGUACUUAGUAUAACUCCGAAACCAGACUUUUGUAGUACUUUAGUAAGUUUGUUCAGUUUGAGAAUAUUUUUUUAUAGAAGGGUGUCUCAUUACUAUUGAGAGGUGGUCCCAACAUUACCCAUUGUUCUUUAUCACGCGUAAGCACAUAAACAUUGUUUUGUGAAAAAUAAUGUAGGAAGUUGAUAAAUUGACUUGAGAAUUUACCCAUUCAGUAGGGUGCUUAAGGAGUGACCUUUGUCCAGCAGCGGUCUACAAUAGUUUGAUAAUGAUUAAGUGCUGAUGGAGUUUUGAGUGUUGGUAAAUAAAACAACUUAGUUUUUGUAGGAAUUUCAUUUACUUUAUUUUCUUAUAAUUACUUGAUUGGUUCUUAAUAUUACUUCAUCCAAGAAAGGGGCAGGUCGGGUCAUACCCUCAUGGCAAGCAUAACUCAAAUACCAAAGAAUGCUCGUAACAUGUGAGCAGCAUCCCACUGUUAAACCAACGAUACAAUUACAGCAAUAACUUUUGAUUGUGUCCCGGCUAUUCAUAUUUGUUUCUGCAACUAUGAAAACAAAAUAAGUAUAGGAGAAGAAUGGCGGGACUUUAUUUUAGCUUGAAGCAACAUAGACCAUCUGGAACAUAGAAGCUCAAAUCGCAUACUUGGCCCCAGCAAACUUCACAAACUUCAUUCAUGGAGGGAAUCUGUAAAUAAAUAACAUUGAUGUAAUUCAAAAUGAAGCAUUACAUAUGAUAGAUAUAAAUUGCACCAAACAUGGCCAGGCUAGAGAAUAAAUCUUGACACACAAUGAUUGGUUUUCACUGAAGACCAUUCCCAAAAAUACUAAAUAUAUUUAUUGUUUACUGGAGUAGAGAAGGUUGUAAUAUUAUUUUUACAGAAAAAUUAAUGGUUUAGUUACCUCAAUAAGUGGUCCAAAUUGUAUCAGGGAACACGAAAAAAAGUAUGCUGUACGAAUUCUGCCAUUUUCCUUUAAUAAAAAAACAUAAUAUUUGAAAACAAAAAGUUAUAUGGUAAACCUUCGUCGAUGUUAUUAUUAUUAUUCUGUACAACUUCUUUUUUACUUUUUAGUUAUCAAAUGUAACAUAUUGCUUUUUUUAGCAAAUUGACUACAAGUUACGUAGUAAAUAAUUAAGUAUUUAGCGUGUGUAAUAGUGUUGUGUUAAAACAAGUUAAUCUUGCCUAAUGAUCUAAUGAUAGACGUCUAAUAUCUCAAAUACAUAGAGGCUUCAGUGUUGCCGUUUUUCUAUAAAACUAAUGUAAUUAUUUAUUACCUAUGUAGUUCUACAAAUAAGGUAAAAUAGUUGAAUAGUACAUAUUAGUAUGUAUACCUAUUUAGUUCAAUUUGUUGAGUUAUACAAAUUAAUAUAAUAUAUAUUAUCUUUAAAAAAAAUAUAGAUUAUAAUAUUAUUAUUUUAAGUACGUACAUAUUUUUAUAAAAUCCAGUCAUUUUAUUUUGAAUAAGUAACAAAUGAUACAAAUUAAGUUCAAUCUCACGCAAUGCAUUUAUACAAAUAUUUAAUACAUAUCUAAUAUUAUGACAAUAUUGCUUUACUAGACAAUUAAUGAGUAAUAUAGAUGUAAGUAAUGCUUAAAAUUAAGUUGGCUGUAAUUAAGAAAUAUGCUUUAAAUCAAUUUUAUGUAAACUGAAAUUGUUUUAUAUUAUGUAUUUGAUUAUACAAUUUUCAAUUGAUA